GUGCUUCCACCUUAUUCAUCAUGCAGAUCAAGAAGAAGGGAACAUCCGGUAACGCCAAGAACUUCAUUACCAGAACCCAGGCGGUCAAGAAGUUGCAAGUCUCUCUUGCUGACUUCCGUCGUCUUUGUAUUUUCAAGGGUAUUUAUCCUCGUGAACCAAGAAAUAAGAAGAAGGCUAACAAGGGAUCUACUGCCCCAGUAACUUUCUACUACUCCAAGGAUAUCCAAUAUCUCUUGCACGAGCCAGUCUUAGCCAAGUUCAGAGAACACAAGACUUUUGCUAAGAAGUUACAACGUGCUCUUGGUAGAGGUGAAGUUAGAGAUGCACAAAAAUUGGAAAGUAAUCGUCCAAAGUAUACUUUAGAACAUGUUAUCAAGGAAAGAUAUCCAUCCUUCUUGGAUGCUCUCAGAGACAUCGAUGAUCCAUUGAACAUGUUGUUCCUUUUCGCUAAUAUGCCAGCCACUGAUAAAGUGUCUCAUAGAGUUACCAAGGAAGCUGAAAAGUUAUGUAAUCAAUGGCUUGCCUACGUUGCUAAGGAACGUCUUGUUAAGAAAGUUUUCGUUUCCAUCAAGGGUGUCUACUACCAAGCUAACGUUAAGGGUCAAGAAGUCAGAUGGUUAGUUCCAUUCAAGUUCCCUACCAACAUUCCAAGUGAUGUUGAUUUCAGAAUCAUGUUAACCUUUUUGGAAUUCUACGCUACUUUAUUACACUUUGUUUUAUUCAGAUUGUACAACGACGCUAACUUGAUCUACCCACCAACCAUUGACAUUGAAAAGUUGAAGGGUAUUGGUGGAUUAUCUAGUUAUGUCAUGCAAUCCAAGGACCAAGGUGUUGGUGCUUUAUUGCCAAAGAAGAAGGAAGAAGAAGAAGUUAGCAACGCUAAGGGUACUAAGUUAUCUAAGGAAGAAAUCGAAAGAGCUGAAAAGGCUGAUGACGUUGUUGAAGAUGUUGUUGUUGAAGAGCAAAACGUAGAAACCAUAGAAUUGGAUGAAUUUGCCUCUUCUAGUACUAAGAAUGUUGGUGAUGAAUUAAUUCAACCUUCCAAGUAUGCUUCCCCAACUUCUACUUUGUUCUCUAAGUUUAUUUUCUUUGUUGGUAGAGAAGUUCCUUUGGAUAUUCUUGAAUUCUGUAUUUUAUCUUGUGGAGGAUCUAUUGUCUCCGAAAUUGCCUUGGAUGACUUAAAGGCCAACCAACCAGAAGAAUUCAAGAAGCUUGACUUGGGUAACAUUACUCAUCAAAUUGUUGACAGACCAAAGAUCAUUGGUAAGGUUGCUGGUAGAACUUAUAUUCAACCUCAAUGGGUCUUUGAUUGUCUUAAUAAGAGUGAAUUAUUGUCUGUGAGUAAGUAUUCUCCAGGUGAAACUUUACCUCCACAUUUAUCUCCAUGGGGAGAUGCUGGUGGAUAUGAUCCAGAGGCUGAAGUAGCACCAGCUGCCGAAGGUGAAGAAGAAGAAGAAGACGAAGAAGAAGAAGAAGACGAAGAAGCUGGCUCUGAUGCUGAAGCUGAAUCUGAAGAAGAAAUCGAUGAAGAUUUGAAGGCACAAAAGGAACUUGAAUUAGAAGCUGCAGGUGUUAAGUUCUCUGAAGCUGCUGUUGAAGAACCAAAGUCCGCUAAGAAGGGUAAGAAGAGAUCUGCUGAAGAUGAAGAAAAGGAACUUAAGAUGAUCAUGAUGACCAACAAGCACCGUAAGCUUUACAAGAAGAUGCAAUAUGGUAUUGACAAGAAGGAGACCAGACAAGAAGAAUUGGCUAAGAAGAGAAGAAGACUCGAGAAGACAAAGGCUGAACUCGAAAAGUUGAAGAAAUAAAAUAGAUGC